GGAAUCACAUACAAUACAUUUGAUUGAUAUAUCCAUGCAGGCCAUUGCAUCAAUGUUGCAUGCACAGGAAGCUGAUCCUACAAUUCUGGAGGUGCUUCUUGCUCUUGGUGUGAGCCAUACAAAUGGGUUGGAGCAGACAACUGCUUUGAAGUAUCCAUAUUGAUGGUUAUGCCAUCACCCAAAGUGUGGGACUCUCACAACACGAGCUCUCUGAAUCAUUGUAUUAUGCUGAUAUUGCUAGAUUAUUCAAUGAAGCUGCUCAAAUGUCACCUGAGGAUGCUGACGUCCACAUAGAACUUGGUGUCCUAUAUAAUUUGUCAAGGGAAUAUGAUAAGGCUAUUGCAUCUUUCAAGACAGCCUUGAAACUCAAACCAAAUGACCACUCCCUCUGGAACAAGCUUGGUGCAACACAAGCAAACAGUGUGCAUAGUACUGAAGCAAUAUUGGCCUAUCAACAGGCACUAGAUUUGAAGCCUAAUUGCGUUCAUGCUUGGGCAAACAUGGGUAUCAGUUAUGCAAACCAGGUUUUUUCUCAUGCUUUGCUCUAGUGAAGUCACUGCUGUCUUUUGGCAAUCGCUGGAUUGCACCUGUAUGUGUUGCUCUUUAAUAUUUCUGGAAUGGUAGUUAUUGUGAAUGAAUUUUAAUUUAUCCA